CUGCGCGGCCGCGGACUGACGGACGGGCGUGCGCGGGGGGCGCAGGGCGCGGGGCGCGGGCCUCGGCGGCGGCGGCGGCGGCGGCGGAAGCCUGGUGCCCCCGCCCGCCUGGUCCUCUCUGAGAGCAGAGGCAGCGCCGCGGGCGCGGGGGGCGGCGGCGCGGGGAGGCGCGGGGGGCGCGGAGCGAGCGCGGCCCGCCCGGGCGCCGCCGACCCGGCCCAGCGCACGGACGCGCGGACGGACGGACGGUCGGACGGACGCGGACGGACGCGGCCCCUCCCUGCCGCCGCCGCCCGCCCGGGGCUCCCACCUCGCCGGCGCCGGGCCCGGGAGCGAUGACAUCGACGGGGAAGGACGGCGGCGGGGCGCAGCACGCGCAGUAUGUGGGGCCCUACCGGCUGGAGAAGACGCUGGGCAAGGGGCAGACAGGCCUCGUGAAGCUGGGGAUUCACUGUGUCACAUGCCAGAAGGUGGCCAUCAAAAUUGUCAACCGGGAGAAGCUCAGCGAGUCUGUGUUGAUGAAGGUGGAGCGGGAGAUUGCCAUCCUGAAGCUCAUCGAACACCCUCACGUUCUAAAGCUGCACGAUGUUUAUGAAAACAAAAAAUAUUUAUACCUGGUGCUAGAACACGUGUCUGGUGGAGAGCUCUUCGACUACCUUGUCAAGAAGGGCAGGCUGACCCCCAAAGAGGCUCGGAAGUUCUUCCGACAGAUCAUCUCUGCGCUAGACUUUUGCCACAGCCACUCCAUAUGCCACAGGGAUCUGAAGCCAGAAAACCUUCUACUGGAUGAGAAGAACAACAUCCGAAUCGCGGAUUUCGGCAUGGCGUCGCUGCAGGUUGGCGACAGCCUGCUGGAGACCAGCUGCGGGUCCCCCCACUACGCCUGCCCCGAGGUGAUCCGGGGGGAGAAGUAUGACGGCCGCAAGGCGGACGUGUGGAGCUGCGGCGUGAUCCUGUUCGCCCUGUUGGUGGGGGCUCUGCCCUUUGACGACGACAACCUGAGGCAGCUGUUGGAGAAGGUGAAGCGGGGUGUUUUCCACAUGCCGCACUUCAUCCCACCCGACUGCCAGAGCCUGCUGCGCGGCAUGAUCGAGGUGGACGCGGCCCGGCGCCUCACGCUAGAGCACAUUCAGAAACACAUAUGGUAUAUAGGGGGCAAGAACGAGCCCGAGCCGGAGCAGCCCAUCCCCCGCAAGGUGCAGAUCCGCUCGCUGCCCAGCCUGGAGGACAUCGACCCCGACGUGCUGGACAGCAUGCACUCGCUGGGCUGCUUCCGGGACCGCAACAAGCUGUUGCAGGACCUGCUGUCCGAGGAGGAAAACCAGGAGAAAAUGAUCUAUUUCCUUCUCCUGGACCGGAAAGAAAGGUACCCGAGCCACGAGGACGAGGACCUGCCCCCCAGAAACGAAAUAGACCCUCCUCGGAAGCGUGUGGACUCCCCAAUGCUGAACCGGCACGGCAAGCGGCGGCCGGAACGCAAGUCCAUGGAGGUGCUCAGCGUGACAGACGGCGGCUCCCCGGUGCCCGCGCGGCGGGCCAUCGAGAUGGCCCAGCAUGGCCAGAGUAAAGCAAUGUUCAGUAAAAGCCUGGAUAUCGCUGAAGCCCACCCCCAAUUCAGCAAAGAAGACAGGUCCAGGUCUAUCAGCGGCGCCUCCUCGGGCCUCUCCACCAGCCCGCUGAGCAGCCCCCGGGUGACCCCUCACCCCUCUCCAAGGGGUAGUCCCCUCCCCACCCCUAAGGGGACGCCCGUGCACACGCCCAAGGAGAGCCCGGCAGGCACACCCAACCCCACGCCACCAUCCAGCCCCAGCGUCGGAGGGGUGCCCUGGAGGACACGGCUUAACUCCAUCAAGAACAGUUUCCUGGGGUCACCUCGCUUCCACCGCCGGAAAUUGCAGGUUCCAACACCCGAGGAGAUGUCCAACCUGACCCCGGAGUCGUCCCCAGAGCUCGCCAAGAAGUCUUGGUUUGGGAACUUCAUCAACCUGGAGAAGGAGGAGCAGAUCUUCGUGGUUAUCAAGGACAAGCCCUUGAGCUCCAUCAAAGCCGACAUUGUUCACGCCUUCCUGUCGAUCCCCAGCCUCAGCCACAGCGUCAUCUCCCAGACCAGCUUCCGGGCUGAGUAUAAGGCGACAGGGGGCCCGGCGGUGUUCCAGAAGCCGGUCAAGUUCCAGGUGGACAUCACCUACACCGAGGGCGGGGCAGCGCAGAAGGAGAAUGGCAUCUAUUCUGUCACAUUCACGCUCCUGUCAGGCCCGAGCCGCCGCUUCAAGAGGGUCGUGGAGACCAUUCAGACCCAGCUACUGAGCACACACGACCAGCCCUCCGCCCAGCAUUUGUCAGACACCACUAACUGUAUGGAAAUGAUGACGGGGAGGCUUUCCAAAUGUGGCAGCCCAUUGAGUAACUUCUUUGACGUAAUUAAACAACUUUUUUCAGACGAGAAGAACGGGCAGGCGGCCCAGGCCCCCAGCACGCCCGCCAAGCGGAGUGCCCACGGCCCACUCGGUGACUCCGCGGCCGCUGGCCCUGGCCCUGGAGGGGACGCCGAGUACCCAACGGGCAAGGACACGGCCAAGACGGGGCCGCCCGCCGCCCGCCGCGAGCAGCCUUAGACACAUAGCCCCCUCCCCCAGCACGGCCCUGACAGUGGCCCCCAAGGCCGCCCCGCCGCCCGCCCGCCCGCCGCCGCCCGCCCGCCCGCGUGGACCCGGGGCCGCGCCCGUCCGCCCGGCUAGACUGUUGCGGAGCCGGGGAGGAAAGGAAAGGGGGCACCGGGGGCCAGCGCCUGCGGCGGGGCCCGCCCGUGCUCGCUCUUUCUCUCACUGUCUCUCUCUCUGCCUGCCUCUGACAACGCCACUGUUUCCGCUCUGAUACCAGGAAUUAUCCCGAAAAGUUAACAUGUCACCUCCACGAGGCCGUCCUCUGUGCUCCGCGCCGGACACCGGCUGACCGAAGGCAGCUGCCGCGGACCCGCCCUCUCUCGUCUCCUGCUGCUGCCGCCCGCGGCGAGGCCCCGCCCACCCGCGCGCCGCCCGCCCCGCCCGCGGCGAGGCCCCGCCCACCCGCGUGGCGGCUCAGCGCCGGCCGGCCGGCCGGCCGGGCUCCGGACUCGCGGCGACCUCCCCGGCCGGGCCGCGGCGGGCGGGACAGCCCAAGUCACCGGCCCGCCGGCCAGCCUGCACGCGGCCUCCCCCGGCACGGCCCCUGCCUGCAGCCGCCCGCCCGCCCCGCCGCUCGCUCGCGUCCACCCGCCCCCUUCCCUCCCCCCCCCCCCCCCCCCACCUUCCCCGCUCGCCUGGGGCUGCAGCGUGCUCUCGCGCUUGGCGACCCUGCCUGGCCCGGGUGGACCCUGACCCUGCAGGCACCGGAGCCGCCUGCCUGCUCCACGGCUGGCCGAGAUCAGUAUUAUUUAUUUGCUGUUUUAACUUACUGAGUUUCUUUCACUUCUCUGUUCAGGGAAGGGGCAGCAGCAGCGUCCUCCUGCCAUCUGUGUGUCUUGGGCGGGGCGGGGUCUGGGGCCGAGGAGGCGCCCUGAGGAGGGAGCCGUCGGAGCGCUGGGGGGCGGCGGGGGCAGGCCGGUGGGUGCAGCGCCGGCAAGCUACUGUAAACUUUAAAGAAUUCCUGCAAGAUAUUUUUAUAAACUUUUUUUUCUUGGUUGUUUUUGGAAAAGGGUGGGGGGGUGGGGGGAGCCGCUGGGGCAGGGCUAGGUUUUGUGUUCAGGUCUUUGCUCUUGGUUCUUUCUAUAUACAUACACAUAUAUAUAUUUAAAGAACGGCGCGGUUCGCUCUGUCCCAUGUUCUGUCCGGUUACUGUGUAGACGCAACUCCAGUCCCACGGGGUGGGGGGGUAGGGACGGGGCAGGGCGCUGUCUCCCAGCAGGAUGGCCCUGCCCAGGGCCCCUCUGUCAGGCCCAGGCUGGGGACCAUCUUGGUUUUGUCUGAGAGUGGGGGUCGGAGGAAGGCCCUGGGCUGGCUCCCACACACGGGACAGCAGAGGCACCGCAGGGUUUUUUACUAAAAUGACAAAAAGUAAAAAAAAAGAAAAAAGAAAAAAAAGUUGGCGGCGUCCUCCGCAGUGUGUGUUCUCUGUACACAGCAAGGUCACGGGGUGUGGCCGCCUCACUCCGUCCCUGUCCCCAGCUUCUGCCUGUUUCUGUUGGUGGGCCCGGUCCCUCCAGGCUGGCACAGGCCCCCGUGGUGUUGAGAGUGCGCGGGGGUGGGGGGUGGGGGGGGGGGUGCCUGGCCGCUGUUGGGAGGCACCAGGCCAGCGGCGGGCCAGGAUGGCAGGUUUUGAUUGCAUGCCUUCGCUGUAACGAGUCCACUUUGCUUUUGGUGUGUCUUCCGCCUCCCCGCCCGCCCUGCCCCCCUCCCAUCGUGGACAGCUUUUAAUGCUUCUGUUACAUUGACCCCCCCCCCCCCACCACCACCACAGGCUGGGAUUUCAAUACAUAAGAAACAAUUAAACACCUAUAACAGCAUAAGCCACGCGGUACAAGCGGGAGGGGCUUCUCCAGAGACAGAAGACACCGAAAGCAAUACCUCUUGUUAGCCUUCCUCUUUUGUACUCGGGACACACGCAGACGUCACGGAAACGAACAAGCCCCACCCCGUGUAUCCCCUGUCAAAUAACUGUGAGCAACCUUAGUUCUGGAACAAUAAAUUCCUUCAGUAAAAAUA